AUGGAGGCCGCUCCCGCUGUCAGGCAGGUAAUAAAGGAAGGGGAUUCAAGCUUUGCACAGGAAGAGUUAGAGGAAAACCCUAGUCCUAUUGUUGAUGAGAAUAAUACAGUCAGCGAAAAACAGGGACCAAAGGUACAUAACUGGAGUGGUGACUGGAGCUUUUGGAUUUCAAGUUCCACCUAUAAAGACAGGAAUGAAGAAUACAAAAGACAGUUCACACAUCUGCCUGAUACAGAGAAGCUCAUAGCAGAUUAUGCUUGUGCUCUUCAAAGAGACAUUUUGCUUCAGGGAUGACUAUACCUUUCAGAAAACUGGCUAUGUUUCUAUAGCAACAUCUUCAGAUGGGAAACUACAAUUUCUGUUGCUUUAAAGAAUAUAACCUUCAUGACCAAGGAGAAAACCACUCGACUCAUCCCAAAUGCUAUCCAAAUCGUUACAGAGGGUGAAAAGUUUUUCUUUACAUCCUUUGGUACCAGGGAUAGAAGUUACCUCAGUAUCUUCAGGCUGUGGCAGAAUGUAUUAUUAGAAAAGAACUUGACCAAACAAGAAUUCUGGCAGCUGCUCCAGCAGAACUAUGGCACUGAGCUUGGCUUAAAUGCUGAAGAGAUGGAGAACUUAUCCCCGUCUAUAGAGGAUCAUGUGCAGCCAAGAAGUCCAGGAAGAAACAGCUUGGAUGACUUGGGAGAGCAGGAUGAAAAAUUAGCCAAGUCAAUCAGUUUUACCCGUGAAUCAGUUAGUCGGGUUUCAGAAAUGGAUUCUGCCGAUGGACAUUCACCCAAGGGGGGAUUUGGGAAAGAGGAACCCCAAAGUGAGAAACAGAUCAAAAAGAGUCCUUUGCUAACUUCAGAAAUGAGAUUAAGUAGAGUGGUACCAAAAUCACUGGACUUGAAUAAAAAUGAGUAUCUUUCUCUGGAUAAAAGUAGCACUUCAGAUUCUGUUGAUGAAGAAAAUAUUCCUGAGAAAGAUCUUCAUGGAAGACUUUAUAUCAACCGUGUUUUCCACAUCAGUGCUGAGAGAAUGUUUGAGUUGCUCUUUACCAGUUCCCGCUUUAUGCAGAAAUUUGCCAAUUCUAGGAAUAUAAUAGAUGUAGUAUCUACUCCUUGGAAAGUACAACCUGAUGGUCAUCAACUGAGGAACAUGAACUACACUAUUGUCCUUAAUAAUCCACUGACUGGAAAAUGCACCUCUGUCAGUGAAAAGCAGACACUAUAUAAAGAAAGUCGGGCAACACAGUUUUAUUUGGUAGAUUCAGAAGUAAUGACACAUGAUGUCCCCUACCACGAUUACUUCUAUACCCUGAACAGAUACUAUAUCAUCCGAGUUUCGAAUCAGAAAUGCCGGCUGAGAGUUUCCACAGAUUUGAAAUACAAAAAACAACCAUGGGCCCUUAUCAAAUCUUUGAUUGAGAAGAAUUCCUGGAGUUCAUUGGAGGACUAUUUCAAACAGCUUGAAUCAGAUUUGUUAAUGGAAGAAUCUAUAUUAAGUCAGUCCAUUGAAGACCCUGGAAAACUUAGUGGCCUACGGAGGAGAAGGCGAACAUUCACCCGAACAGCAGAAACAAACCCUAAACUUUCUUCUCUGCGUUCUUCUGGAGAUGUGGGCUUAGAUGCCAAAGGGGAUAUUACAGGAAAGAAAAAGGAAAUGGGAACCUACAGCAUCGCUCUUAUUGUGGUGAUGAGUAUUUUUUUGCUGUUGCUAGUUUUGUUGAAUGUGACACUGUUUCUGAAGCUGUCAAAGUUAGAAUAUGCUGCUCAAUCCUUUUAUCGUCUCCACCUCCAAGAAGAGAAGUCUUUAAAUUUAGUCUCUGAUACGGUGUCAAGAGCAGAAAAUAUUGAAAACAACAGUGAACGGGCACAUAGUUUAAAAGGAGUGCUCCGAGACUCCAUUGUGAUGCUGGAACAGUUGAAGAGCUCACUCAUCAUGCUUCAGAGAACUUUUGAUCUACUAAAUAGGAACAAGACGGGUAUGGCUGUUGAAAGCUAGUGAGCUUAAGGACUGAAAUUGUAGAGACACUUGGAACUAAAAGCAAAAAUCUAGAAGGAAACCAGAGGAUGAAGGAUUUUAAUCAUCACAGGAACAUCUCCAUAUUUUCUCAUCAUUGGUACUUCUGAUAUGAGCAUUCUUUUUAAAUAACAUUUACUUGAUAGUCUCCGAUGGCCUUAAAAAUCCGUCCUUUUACUUAUACAUAAUUAUAAGCUGUGAAUUUCUUCAGUGAACCAUGAAAUAUACUGUGGAUUUAAAUUUCUGUGAUACAAAAAGAAAAUGGAACAUUCUGAACUGAGUAGUACGGCCUCAUAUUUUUAGUGAGGUUGGAAGUUUGAUGUUUUUUGUUAGUGUAGAAUCAGUACAUGUCCAGUGGGUUCCUUUACAGUGGAGAGAGCUUGAAGAGGCUAAAGAAGACAAUAUAAAAAGAAACCUCUCAAUCAUUACUAAUUUUGAAGGAUUAGUCUUUAGGCAUAUGAAAUUACUAGAUUUGUGUACUGUAAAUGUCUGUCUAUUUAGCAGGUAAAUUCAGUAGUCACACUUUUGCAUCUACUUGUGAUUGUUACCUGAAAGGCUCUCCAGCCAUGUUGUAUCUUUAUGAAAGAAGUAGUUUUUCCUUCAGGUAGCUAGCUUGCCUCUUCAUGCAUCAAAUGACAGAAAAGUCAGUGUCCAUGAAGGAAACAUAUAGGAUAUUAACAUUAAAGAGGAAAAAGCAUGCUGAGUUUUCAAAACCAGAUUAUAUGAACAUCUGGGCAGUUAGUGACAGGGCAAAUUAAUACUUGAACUAAGCUUAGUUUUAGCUUAGCAGUCUUUCAUGGUGGAAGUAAGCUGUCUGGUUGAAAAUAAUUUAUGUAUUAGUUUUCAGUAGCCAGUUAUGGCAUGUUUUAAUACUUAAGGUAAAAGCCAGACACAGACUUUGCUCUUUAAUAAAAAAAACUUUGGGGGGGCAUUAUGUCCCAACACAAAUAAAUGUACUGAUUGAAGUUGUCAGACUCAAGAUUUGAUUUUUUCAUAACAAGUUUUUAGGCAUAUAUCUCAAUACAAGUGAUGCUUCUGGAACAAGAGAAAUUUGUAUAUAUUCUUGGAACAACCAUUGCCUUUAAAUGUUUCCCUUUUUUAGAGUCACUUGGGAUUACUAAAGUCAUUUUUUGAGAUGCCUGCAGAGAAUGAAAGUAUUGACUCGGUUAGAGGGAAAAUGGGCUUUUCUGGAUGAAUCCCCAUAAGCCUACCUUGGGGUACCAGUGUACUUAGGGACUUUUUGAUGAAGAUUUAAUAAGUGUCUGGCUGUGAGCAAGUGACUGCAUUAAAAACUUGAACCCUUGUUCUUUGUGAAAUUCACAAAAAUGAUGAGUGACAAGUUGAGUAUUUUUGUGAUGCUUCUUUAAAACUUGUACUUCAUAAUAUACCUCAAAGAAAAUUACCAAAAUAGUUUAUAAAUCAAG